AUGGCCCGCGACGAUGCGCCGCCUCCUGCCAAGCGGCAAAAGCCCGGGCCAAUGCGCGAUGCAAAGCGACAGGACAUUGACAACUGGGAAACAAACCGCAUGCUGACCUCGGGCGUAGCCCAGCGACGCGAAUACGCAGGGGAUUUUAACCCAGACGAAGACGAGGCAACACGAGUACACCUCCUAGUACACGACCUGCGCCCACCUUUUCUCGAUGGCCGCACGAUUUUCACAAAGCAGCUGGAGCCGAUCUCCGCGGUGCGUGAUCCGCAGAGUGACAUGGCCGUGUUUAGUCGAAAGGGGAGCAGGGUUGUGCGCGAACGAAGGCAGCAGCGAGAACGGCAGAAGCAGGCCCAAGAGGCUACGAAUAUGGCGGGCACUGCGCUGGGGAACUUGAUAGGCAUUCGGGAGGACGAAGGCGACAGCGCGGUGGCUGCGCCGAUAGAGGAUACCUACAAGAGCGGCAAUAAGUUUGCGCAGCACCUCAAAAAGGAUAGAGGUGGAGCUAGCUCGUUUAGCAAAAGCAAGACUCUGCGCGAACAGAGAGAGUAUCUCCCGGCCUUUGCGGUUAGGGAGGACCUGCUGCGAGUCAUUCGAGACAAUCAAGUUAUAGUUGUCGUGGGCGAGACCGGGUCGGGGAAAACCACCCAGUUGACACAGUUUCUUUACGAGGAUGGCUAUGCCAAGUAUGGCAUGAUUGGAUGUACGCAACCUCGUCGUGUUGCUGCCAUGAGUGUUGCAAAGCGUGUCAGCGAGGAAAUGGACGUGGAUUUGGGAGAUUUGGUGGGAUAUGCUAUUCGGUUUGAAGAUUGCACUACUGAUAAGACGGUCAUUAAAUACAUGACCGACGGUGUCCUGCUACGAGAAUCCCUAGUGCAGCCAGAUCUCGACAAGUACUCGUGCAUCAUCAUGGACGAAGCCCACGAGCGAGCUUUAAAUACAGAUGUCCUCAUGGGACUGAUCAAAAAAGUAUUGAUUAGGCGGAGGGAUUUGAAGUUGAUCGUGACAUCGGCUACAAUGAACUCGGAGCGAUUUUCGCGGUUCUUUGGAGGAGCACCUGAGUUUAUCAUCCCCGGACGGACGUUCCCUGUUGACAUUCAGUUCUCGCGUUCCCCCUGUGAAGAUUACGUGGACAGUGCGGUCAAGCAGGUCUUGGCCAUCCAUGUGUCCCAGGGUCCAGGCGAUAUAUUAGUAUUUAUGACGGGCCAAGAAGACAUUGAAGCGACGUGUGAACUGGUUGAGGACCGAUUGAGACUGCUGAACGAUCCGCCAAAGCUAAGCAUAUUGCCGAUCUACAGUCAAAUGCCGGCAGAGCAGCAGGCCAAGAUUUUCGAGCGAGCAGAGCCGGGAGUGCGAAAAGUCAUUGUGGCUACAAACAUUGCCGAAACCAGCUUGACUGUGGACGGUAUCAUGUAUGUGGUAGACUCGGGGUUUUCCAAGCUAAAGGUAUACAACCCUCGCAUGGGAAUGGACACACUCCAAAUCACACCAAUCUCUCAAGCAAACUCGGGCCAGCGGGCUGGACGAGCAGGCCGGACAGGACCGGGCAAAGCAUUCCGGCUUUAUACAGAACAAGCGUACAAAAACGAAUUUUAUAUCCAGACAAUCCCCGAAAUCCAGCGAACAAGCCUGGCCAACACGGUUCUCCUGCUCAAAUCGCUGGGUGUCAAGGAUUUGUUAGACUUUGACUUUAUGGAUCCGCCGCCGCAGGAGACCAUCACUACCUCGCUCUUUGAGUUGUGGUCUCUCGGCGCACUGGACAACCUGGGCGAACUCACCUCUCUGGGUCGUCGCAUGACGCCGUUCCCCAUGGACCCGUCACUCGCCAAACUGCUCAUCACAGCCUCAGAGGAAUACGCAUGCAGCGAGGAGAUGCUCACCAUCGUCUCCAUGCUCUCCGUGCCCAACGUCUUCUUCCGGCCCAAAGAGCGCCAGGAAGAAUCCGACGCCGCGCGCGAAAAGUUCUUUGUCCCCGAGUCAGACCAUUUGACGUUGCUGCACGUAUACACGCAGUGGAAAUCCAACGGGUACUCAGACGGCUGGUGCGUCAAACACUUUUUACACUCAAAAUCACUCCGGCGCGCGCGGGAGAUCCGCGAGCAGCUGCACGAUAUCAUGGUCGUGCAGAAAAUGAACCUGGUCAGCUGUGGCACAGACUGGGACGUGAUUCGCAAAUGUAUUUGUUCAGGUUACUACCAUCAGGCAGCCCGCGUCAAGGGCAUUGGCGAGUUUAUCAACCUGCGCACCAGCGUCACGGUGCAGCUGCAUCCGACAAGCGCGCUGUAUGGGCUGGGAUAUGUGCCGGAUUACGUGGUUUACCACGAACUGAUUCUGACGAGCAAGGAGUACAUGUCUACCGUGACUGCUGUCGAUCCAAACUGGCUCGCCGAACUCGGCGGCGUUUUCUACUCGGUCAAACAAAAAACCUACUCGCACCGCGAAAAACGCAUCACCGAACACGAGUUCAAUCGACGCAUGGAAAUCGAGACGCAAAUGGCAGCAGACCGCGAGCGCGCGGCCGCCGAGCGAGAGCGCGAAAAGGAGCGUAGCGAUCCGGCGCGGCAGAGGAGGGAGAUUGAAGUUGGUGUUGGAAUUGGGAAGCCUGCUCCUGCUGCUCGAUCAGUCGUUAAAAAACCGCUUGUUGGUGGGAAUAGACGCGGUGGAGGAGGAGGAGGAGGAGGAGGAGGGUUAACGUCGAGUUCGGUGGUUAAGAAACCGGUUAUUGGGAGGAAACCCGGGGGGAGGGCUUUUUAG